UAAAUGCACGUCGUUUGUCGUUUGGCUCCGGAUUUUGGUAUUCCGUAUUCCGUGGUUUAAGUAUCUCAAUAUAAUUCCAACCUUUCAGCCGUUGAUAGCGAAUGUAAUAGUUCGCCAGUAAAGGUUUUGUACUCGGACUGUGCGCUGCGGCCAUAAGAUAAGCGCUCAUAAAUUUGUGACCGUGACUAGAACAACAACAAAGUGCAUUUGUUUUUGAAUUAAAAAUUAAAAUUUGAGUGGAAAAAAUCCAAACAACAACAAAAAAUAGAAUAAACGUGAUAAAGAAUAAUAUUGCAUUAAAAUGCUGAUAAAGUGAUUUCCGUUGUGCUAAGCAUUGAGGCCUUAAAUAAAAUGAUUUUGAUUUAAUAUCCAAACUAAAAGAUAUUUUUUGUGAGUGCCAGAGAUACAAAAAAGUGUGUAAAGAAAGAAAUAAGUUGCUUUGCGAAUUCGAUACGAAAAAAAAAGAAACUUCUUGGUUUUGUUUACUGUGCACGAGAGAUUCUGUUUGUUUAUUUUUCUUCACAUUUUUAUUCGGACCCAAAGAAGUUAAUAUUAUAAGCCGUCGCGAUGUUUGAUGUAUUCGGCUCCGUAAAGGGGCUCCUGAAAAUCGACAAUGUCUGCAUCGAUAACAAUGUCUUUCGCAUGCACUACAAGGCAACUGUGAUCAUCCUAGUCGCUUUUUCAUUGCUGGUUACCUCUCGGCAGUACAUUGGUGACCCUAUCGAUUGCAUUGUCGACGAAAUACCCCUAAAUGUUAUGGAUACGUACUGUUGGAUUUACUCAACAUUCACGGUCCCGGAGCGUCUCACGGGCAUAACUGGUCGCGAUGUCGUCCAACCGGGUGUGGGAAGUCAUGUCGAAGGCGAAGACGAAGUCAAAUACCAUAAAUACUAUCAGUGGGUGUGCUUUGUGCUCUUCUUCCAGGCCAUAAUGUUCUAUGUGCCACGUUAUUUAUGGAAGGCAUGGGAAGGUGGUCGUCUUAAGAUGCUCGUGAUGGAUCUUAACUCACCGAUUGUCAAUGAAGAAUGCAAAAACGACCGCAAGAAGAUCCUUGUAGACUAUUUUACCGAUAACCUAAACAAUCAUAACUUCUACGCCUAUCGGUUCUUCACAUGCGAGGCCCUCAACUUUAUCAAUGUCAUCAUCCAGAUAUACUUUGUCGAUUAUUUCCUCGAUGGUGAAUUCUCAACUUAUGGCAGUGAUGUACUCAAAUUCACCGAAAUGGAUCCCGAUCAACGUAUCGACCCGAUGGCCCGAGUUUUUCCAAAAGUCACUAAAUGUACAUUCCAUAAAUAUGGUCCAUCUGGAUCGGUGCAGAAGUUCGAUGGACUUUGUGUGUUGCCACUCAACAUUGUCAAUGAAAAAAUCUAUGUUUUCCUGUGGUUCUGGUUUAUCGUCUUGAGUAUUCUGUCAGGAAUUUCAUUGGUCUAUCGUAUUGCCGUUAUAGCAAUGCCAAAACUAAGAUUGUUGCUCUUCCGUGCAAGAUCUCGUCUAUCGUUGCAGGAUGAAGUUGAAUCGAUAGCUAAAAAAUGUAACAUCGGAGACUGGUUCCUGUUGUAUCAACUUGGAAAGAACAUCGAUCCAUUGAUUUAUAGAGAGAUUCUAUCGGAAUUAUCGAGUAAAUUUGAAGGAAAGGAUGCAUCAGUGUAAACAAUUGAAAAUUAAGCACUCAUUAAAUCAAGAAAGAAAAGGGAUUCUUUUCUAAAUAUUCUUAUUUUCAUAAAAAUUCAUAAAAAUAUUUUUUUUUGUUCAUUAUAAACUCAAAAAAUAGCAUAAAAAAGAAAAUUUUAAUACAUUCAUUAAACAAACAGCGAGAGAGAGAGAUAGAGAGAGAGCAUGGUUUACUAACACUAUUUGAUAUAUUUAUACCAUUUGUGUGUGAUUAUUAUUGGGAGAGGGAGAGAGAGAGUAUUUAAGUAGCGCAGAAUCGACAAAUCAAUUCAGCAAUUAUUCGAAUACGGAAACGGAUUCCCCUGAAUUACGCUCAACCGUAUUAUUUGUUCGAUAAGUGUGUGUAGUGGUAAAUGAGCGUCUUUAAUAAACAUCCACUCUCUCGCUCUUUCUUGGAUGAAGUCUCUCAAAACCAACAUGGCCGAUUUUUAUACAAUAACAUAAACUAAGAGCAGCUAACCUUUUCCCACACAUUCACAUCUGUCAGACCGACCCUUUUCGACGUCUUGAGGGUUUUUUCGACACAAAAAAGAUGUGCUUGUGCAUCUUGUGUUCCAUCGCAUGAAAUUUUUUAAAAAUUUUCUUUGAAUUCUUGUAUGUAUCUUUUUCAAUAACAAAAAAAAAGGAUUUACAAAAAAGAAAUAAGUGGGAAAACUGGUUCCACUGGAUUUCAAGCCAUCUCGGAAUAAAUCGACAAGAUAAAGCAUCAAUACAUCUCCUUCCACUCGGCAGCUACCUGUCUUCAGCCUUUUUUCUCUUUUUUUUUUAUUAUUUUUAUUUUCAUCUUCUUUUGUGGCAUUUCGAAACAGGUAGCUAAAUACAAAAAAAAUACUUGGUGGUCAUAUAUUUAAUUGCACGACUGUAGCUUAGAGUUUCUUCGAAUUUAUUAAAUAAAUUGUAUUUAUUCUAAAUGAAUUUAUUUAAGAGGAAAAAAACAUAAACAAUGUAAAUCAUUCCAAAAUAAUGUAUUUUUUAUUUUUCAUUUUGCCUCCCAACUUGCCUGCCUAUAGGUUUCAUAAUGAAAUUUAGUAAGUAGGUAAAAUGUUUCAUUUAUAAUAUCCAUGAAUAGUGCAAUUAUCUAUCAUAAAAUUAAAUUAAAUUAAAACAUAUCAAUCAAAAAAAGCAAAUAAAAGACAAACAAAAUAAAAAAGGGAAAAAAGAAAAUAAAAGACAUAUUUUUAAAUUCAUAAAAAACAAAAUAAUUCUAAUCUAGAAUUUUGUUUGAAUAUUUUAUAAUAAUGUAUUCAAUUAAAUAAAUUUUUAUAUUGAUUCUGUUAUAUCAAAAAAAAAAAACGUUUGCCUGCCAUAUCAUACAUAAAAAUGAAUUACAUGAUUUAUAUAGGUACUUUAUUAAAAUUUAUACAUUUUGAAAGUUGCAACAUCAAAUUUGAUAUCGUAUGAUGAAUUUUGAACCACUAUAUUGGCACACUAAAAAUCCACCAGUGAUAUCUUAUCAAAAAUUAAAUUAGUGAUACAAUUGUAAGAACUUCAAAAAAAACUUUUGUUUUUAUUUUAAUAAACUGUCGCAUAAGUUAAUU